UCAGGUUUGGGGCAUGAGGAGGUUCCUGUCAGUUUGGGAGGCGUGAAGAGAUUCUCCCAGAAAGGACGUGUGCUGCCGCCUCCUGCUCGUCUUGACGCUAAGAAUCUGCCCCGCCGCAGAACGCUCCAAGGCCUGGCGAAGAUGGCUUCGGUGCCGGUGUAUUGCCUCUGCCGGCUGCCUUACGAUGUGACCCGCUUCAUGAUCGAGUGUGACAUGUGCCAGGACUGGUUUCACGGCAGUUGUGUUGGUGUCGAAGAAGAGAAAGCUGCUGACAUUGACCUCUACCACUGCCCCAACUGUGAGAUCUUACAUGGACCCUCCAUCAUGAAAAAACGCCGAGUAUCUUCAAAGGGGCAUGAUACACACAAGGGGAAGCCAGUGAAGACUGGAAGCCCUACAUUCAUUCGAGAGCUCCGGAGUAGGACCUUUGACAGCUCAGAUGAAGUGAUUCUGAAGCCCACUGGAAGUCAGCUGACCGUGGAAUUCCUGGAAGAGAAUAGCUUCAGUGUGCCGAUCCUAGUCUUGAAGAAGGAUGGAUUGGGGAUGACGCUGCCCUCACCAUCAUUCACUGUGAGGGAUGUGGAACACUAUGUUGGUUCAGACAAAGAAAUUGAUGUAAUUGAUGUGACCCGCCAGGCCGACUGCAAGAUGAAGCUUGGUGAUUUUGUGAAAUAUUAUUACAGCGGGAAGAGGGAGAAAGUCCUCAAUGUCAUCAGUUUGGAAUUCUCCGAUACCAGGCUUUCUAACCUUGUGGAGACACCCAAGAUUGUUCGGAAGCUCUCAUGGGUGGAGAACUUGUGGCCGGAGGAGUGUAUCUUUGAGAGGCCCAAUGUGCAGAAGUACUGCCUUAUGAGCGUGCGGGAUAGCUAUACAGACUUUCACAUUGACUUUGGCGGCACCUCAGUCUGGUACCAUGUGCUCAAGGGUGAAAAGAUCUUCUACCUGAUUCGCCCAACAAAUGCCAACCUGACUCUCUUUGAGUGCUGGAGCAGCUCCUCUAACCAGAAUGAGAUGUUCUUUGGGGACCAGGUGGACAAGUGCUACAAGUGUUCCGUGAAGCAAGGACAGACACUUUUCAUUCCUACAGGAUGGAUCCAUGCUGUGCUUACCCCCGUGGACUGCCUUGCCUUUGGAGGGAACUUCUUACACAGCCUUAAUAUCGAAAUGCAGCUCAAAGCCUAUGAGAUUGAGAAGCGGCUGAGCACAGCAGACCUCUUCAAGUUCCCCAACUUUGAGACCAUCUGUUGGUAUGUGGGAAAACACAUCCUGGACAUCUUUCGAGGUUUGAGAGAAAAUAGGAGACACCCUGCCUCCUACCUGGUCCAUGGUGGCAAAGCCCUGAACUUGGCCUUUAGAGCCUGGACAAGGAAAGAAGCUCUGCCGGACCACGAGGAUGAGAUCCCAGAGACAGUGCGGACCGUACAGCUCAUUAAAGAUCUUGCUAGGGAGAUCCGCCUGGUGGAAGAUAUCUUCCAACAGAACGUUGGGAAGACGAGCAAUAUCUUUGGGCUGCAGAGGAUCUUCCCAGCCGGCUCCAUUCCCUUAACCAGACCAGCCCAUUCCACUUCAGUAUCCAUGUCCAGGCUGUCACUGCCCUCCAAAAGUGGUUCAAAGAAGAAAGCCCUGAAGCCCAAGGAACUCUUCAAGAAGGCAGAGCGAAAGGGCAAGGAAAGCUCAGCCUUGGGGCCUGCUGGCCAACUGAGCUAUAAUCUCAUGGACACAUACAAUCAUCAGGCACUGAAGACAGGCUCUUCCCAGAAAGCAAAGUUCAACAUCACUGGUACCUGCUUGAAUGACUCAGACGAUGACUCGCCAGACUUGGACCUUGAUGGGAAUGAGGGCCCGCUGGCCCUAUUGAUGUCUAAUGGCAGUACCAAGAGGGUAAAGAGCUUAUCCAAGUCUCGGCGAGCCAAGAUUGCGAAGAAGGCAGACAAGGCUAGGCUAGUGGCGGAACAGAUGAUGGAGGAUGAAUUUGACUUGGAUUCAGAUGAUGAACUGCAGAUUGAUGAGAGAUUGGGAAAGGAGAAAGCGACCCUGAUAAUAAGACCAAAAUUUCCCCGAAAGUUGCCCCGUGCGAAGCCUUGCUCUGACCCCAACAGAGUUCGUGAACCAGGAGAAGUUGAAUUUGACAUUGAGGAGGACUACACAACAGAUGAGGACAUGGUAGAAGGAGUUGAAAGCAAGCUCGGGAAUGGGAGUGGAGCUGGUGGAAUUCUUGAUCUGCUCAAGGCCAGCAGGCAGGUGGGGGGACCUGACUAUGCUGCCCUCACCGAGGCCCCUGCCUCUCCCAGCACUCAGGAGGCCAUCCAGGGCAUGCUGUGCAUGGCCAAUCUGCAAUCUUCAUCAUCCUCACCCGCUACCUCCAGCCUGCAGGCCUGGUGGACCGGGGGACAGGACCGAAGCAGUGGGAGCUCCAGCAGUGGGCUGGGCACAGUGUCUAGCAGUCCUGCUUCCCAGCGCACCCCAGGGAAGCGGCCCAUCAAGCGUCCAGCAUACUGGAGAACCGAGAGUGAGGAGGAGGAGGAGAACGCCAGUCUGGAUGAACAGGACAGCUUGGGAGCAUGCUUCAAGGAUGCAGAGUAUAUUUACCCUUCCCUGGAGUCUGAUGAUGAUGACCCUGCUUUGAAAUCUCGACCCAAGAAAAAGAAGAAUUCAGAUGACGCUCCAUGGAGUCCUAAAGCCCGUGUGACCCCAACUCUACCAAAGCAGGACCGUCCUGUGCGUGAGGGGACCCGGGUAGCUUCCAUUGAGACUGGCUUGGCAGCAGCAGCUGCAAAGCUGGCCCAGCAGGAGCUGCAGAAGGCCCAAAAGAAGAAAUAUAUCAAGAAGAAGGCUUUGUUGAAGGAGGUAGAACAGCCUCGCCCUCAAGAGUCCAAUCUCAGCAUGGCAGCACCAGCCUCAACACUGGGCACUACACCCCAGCUUCUGGCCUCCUCCUCCCCCCUGCCUCCUCCUGAGCCUAAACAAGAGACCCUCUCAGGAAGUCUUGCUGACCACGAGUAUACUGCUCGUCCCAACGCCUUUGGCAUGGCCCAGGCAAACCGCAGCACCACACCCAUGGCCCCUGGUGUCUUCUUGACCCAGCGGCGCCCUUCACUUGGCUCCCAGAGCAAUCAAGCAGGGCAAGGAAAGCGUCCUAAAAAGGGCCUGGCCACAGCAAAGCAGAGACUCGGCCGUAUCCUGAAAAUCCACAGAAAUGGCAAACUACUUCUGUGAGCCCCCUUGUGUCCAGCCCUUUACCCCUUUACCCCCAACUCUCGGGGCGCUCCUGGAUCCUAUCGGCCCCAGACAAGGUGCUGAGGCGCAUUGUCCUGCUUUCUUGGAACUGACCAAAGGCACGGACUCCCCCACGGGCCCCUUCACCAACUCCCCCAACUCCCUUCCCCAAUUCCACUAGAGCAUCCUGCCUUCCUUCUCCAUACCUCUGAGUAGCAGGUAAAUGGGAGAGGUUUCAAGCUGACUAAAACCCUCUUUUCUGCUGCUCCAACCCAUUCCUCUUUCACUGGCCUUGUCUGCCCUUUACUCUCAUCCCUACCUAGAGCUGGAAAGGCAGGAUGAGGAGAGGCGUGAGAAGAACCUGGCCCCCUUGGUACUUCCCUGAUCAUGAAGCAGGAGGCCCAUGGCUCAACACUUUCUGUAGUUCCAGCCCUGUCUCCAGAAGCCUUCCCACGUCUGCCCAUUCUUCCUUCCCCUUCCUCCCCCCAGCCCAGUGGACGUGUCCCACUCCAGACUCGUUUCUGGGAGAAGGGUCUGGCCUUUGCCCCCUCUUGCCAAAUGCUUCAUGGAAAUAAAGAGGAGGGCCCAGAGUCUCCUUACUGCCCCACUGUGGGCCAUUUCCAGAGAUGGCCUAGAAAGGCCAUGGGCUGAUUUCACUCAUCCUUGGGAAGAAGAGAGAUUCCUGUCACUUCUCAAGGUGGGGAGAGGACCGACGCCCAAGCCUUUGACCAUGAUUUUGUAGCCCACUGGAGGAAGCUACUUUUGGGUGGCUACAGAUGAGGCCCCCUGUCCCAGGGUGAGCUCCAGGGAUUUGCCCGGAUUUUGAAGUCCUGCAGAACAUUAUCCACGUGGCUAUGGCUGGGCCCCAGCAGGUGAAAAACCAUCUCCCAGAAGCCUGAAAGCACCUGCCACUAAAGGAGAUAACCCUGGCCCUACGGCCUGCUUCCUUCACCUGUACCACAGAGCACAGCCUGGACCUUCCGGAGAGGAUGUGGCAGGACAGCUCACCCCUGGGUUCUCCAUCAGGAGCCUCCCUGCUUCUUUCCUGACCUGAGGUCUUGGCCUGAAGAAGACCUCAGAACUCACAUCUUCACUCCUGGGCCUUUGCAUUCCCAGACAUCAGGUCAUUGUUCAAGCAGAGUGCAGAUGGGACACUUGGGAGCCUGAGCCUAGGAGAGGAGACUCCCAUCUGUAAAGGAGAGAUCAUCUGAUCUCCCCUCCCUGUCUUCUAUGGAUGUCUCUAUCAUCCAGACAGUGCCCACCCCAUUCCCUCCCCCUUCCCUAGCUCCCUCCACCUCUGCCUUUCUUGCCUCCUUGGCAACCUGGACUGGAUGGAGAAUGCCCCCCUCCUUCCAUUUUGGCACUGCCCGAGUGGAGUGCAUCCUUGCCCUCUACCCCCUAACCCCAGCCUGACCCCAGUUUGCCCAGUGCUUCUGGGGAACUUAACAGCUACCAUGCAGGCCACAGGGAAUAUGUGAGGCUUCCCUUGUCGUCUUUGUGUCUCCAGAUUGUCUUUCUUUUCUCCACAGCCCCACAUCUACUCUCCUUCCUUGGAAUCAGGGGUCCCUUAGCCCCAUUUGCUUUUUCUAUCUUGGGGAUUCCAGGGGCCAAGCAGUUCUCUAUCUAGUCACACCAAAGGCAAAAAGCCUGGCUACCUCCCCCUAGCAUGUGAGGUCCCCACUCCCCUCUCCUCUGUUCCACCCAGCUUUGCUUUUCUUCGGGAUUUCAAGGCAGCAGAGGGUAGAGAGGGGAGGGAAUGGGGGACAGCCUGUGUCCCUGUGUUGGCAACUGCCUGACUAGGCCCUGACUGCUGUAACCAAGACCAGGACCCCAGCCCUUCUGCCCAUUAACACCCCACCCCCUUGAUCUUUCAAAGGCAGCUAACUGCUAGCAAAUCUCCCUGGUUCCGGGCCUCUUUCCCCUCUGCUUCUUUGUUAGAAGUUUCUGUGGAGCUGAAACCCAACCGCCAUUUGACUGGGUUUCCGUUUAGUUUAGUUGGGCUCUCAGAGCCUCCUGUUUGUUGUUUUGUGUUUCAAAUGAAAAGCAAGUUUACCCUCAGAGUUAUGCUUUUCCAAAGAGGCUAGUGUGCUUUUUUUUUUUAAUUGUUUCAGGUUCUAAGUGAAGUGAGUUGGGGAGGGGUUGGGAGUGGUAGUAACCAAGGUUUAGAACAUGAUGAGAGAGUUACCUCUGGUCUCCAAUCCCCAGCACAGAGCUGGGGGUUGGAUAGGGGGCAGGGAGAGAGGAUUUCUAUUCACCUUUAAUAUAUUUUUACAAAAAAGCAAACAAUUUAAAAACAAGCCCACCGCUUCUGUACAUGUCUAAAUAUAUUUUUAGAAGUGGGUAGGAUUAUGAAUUUCUGAUGCAGGGCCUUUUUAUAAACAGGUUAGAAUAGGGUCAUACAGACUUCUCUGUUGUUUUUUUCCCCUGUUUUUUUCUUAAGUUGUGUUACUAAUGUAAUUUAUAUUUUUUUUAGAUCUUCCCUUUCCUAUAGAGAUAAAAGUGAUUUAUCUUGGCAA